AUGCAGGGAGAUAACUGGGCCUUCAUUUUGGGAUUGAAAAAGCGUACCAGGAAGGCCUUCGGGAUACGGAAGAAAGAAAAGGAGACAAGGACAAGGGGCUCCCCUGACAGAGAAGGGGGUAAGAAAGCCAAUGGUGCGGCUGUCAAUGGAUUCUCUGGAGAGAUCGACUGGGACAGAUAUAACACCCCUACAGUGGACGAUGAAGGUUACAGUCUCAGGCCAGACGAGGAGGAGGGGCCAGGAUCAGCUGGCUCCAAACCACCCAAGGAGCACUUCUUCUCCUCCAGCGAGUCGGAGGGAGAGGAGGACCACCGGAAAAAGUUUAAGAUCAAGAUUAAACCUUUACCAGCGGAAAGUGCCAGCUGUUUGGCCCCCUCAGUAGAUGAACUCAAAGCCUCCAUAGGCAACAUAGCGCUGUCUCCUUCUCCUCUGAGGAGUAGUCCGAGACGUAGCCCGGGGUUGAUGACAAAGGACUCUGGUGAAGAGAUACAGGUAGCUCGGCCAAGACGUCCUGCACCCAUUGAGGUCCCCACAUUGGCAGCCCCGGCGCUACAAGUCCCCAGAAGUAAGAGAGCCCCAGCAGUACCAGUACCAGAGAAGAAAGCAGUACCAGAGAAGAAAGCCGCACCAGUACCAGAGGACACUGCAGCCUUAUUUGGGCCUCCGCUGGAGACAGCCUUCGGAGAGCAGAAAACUGAAGCGGGUAUAUCUGAGCCAGUGAUGUGUGGCGUGUGGGGUGCUCCUCUACCUGAGUCUGAGUCACUGAGCCCAGACUUCUCUUUCACAAGACCCUUCCCUACAGGCACUCCGCCCCCGCUUCCGCCCAAGAAUGUACCGACCUCCCCCCCUCUGACUGGCUCCCCCUCUGCAGAUGCUGCCGGAGCGUCCUCUCCGGCUCGACCUGCUACACCGUCAGCGCCAUCAGCUGUUGUCAGCAGCCCCACCCCUCCCCCACCUCCGCCACGCCCUUCCUCACGACCCAAACUGCCUCCUGGGAAACCUAGCAUGGGGGACGUGAGCCGGCCUUUUAGUCCCCCGGUCAGUCACUCGUCCAGCCCCCCUCCAAUCGCCCCCCUGGCUCGGGCCGAGAGCACUUCCUCUAUCUCCUCCAACAACUCCUUGAGUGCAGCCACCACCCCCACCGUCGGUAAAGAUCUCACUGUCUCUGUGUCAGGCUGCUCCAGGGGACCCAGCCCUCUCACCAUGGGGGCACAGGACACCCUUCCGGUGGCGGCAGCUUUUACUGAAACAGUCAAUGCCUUCUUCAAAGGAGCCGACCCCAACAAGUGUGUUGUGAAGAUCACAGGUGAGAUGGUGCUGUCGUUUCCAGCGGGGAUCACUCGGCACUUUGCCAAUAACCCGUCCCCUGCCGUGCUAACCUUCAGCAUAACCAACUACAGCCGGCUGGAGCAUGUGCUGCCUAACCCCCAGCUACUCUGUUGUGACACCGCCACAACACCCAACCCUGACUGCAAGAACUUCUGGGUGAACAUGCCAAACCUGAUGACCCAUCUAAAGAAGGUGGCUGAGCAGAAACCCCAGGCCACAUACUACAAUGUGGACAUGCUCAAGUACCAGGUAUCAGCGCAGGGCCUCAUUUCGACACCCCUGAACCUGGCGGCCAGUUGGCGGUGUGUGCCCACCAGCACGGACCUCCGAAUAGACUACAAAUACAACGCCAGCGCCAUGACAACACCUGUGGCUCUCAACAACGUCCAGUUCCUGAUCCACGUGGACGGAGGGGUCACCAAGCUACAGGCUGUGCUUCCCCCCGCCGCAUGGAACGCAGAGCAGAAGAGAAUCCUGUGGAAGAUUCCUGAUAUUUCCCAGAAAUCUGAAAAUGGAGGCGUUGGCUCAUUGUUGGCACGGUUCCAGCUGUCGGAGGGUCCCAGUAAGCCCUCUUCCCUGGCGGUCCAGUUCACCAGUGAGGGCAGCACUCUGUCAGGCUGUGAUAUAGAGCUGGCAGGGCCCGGGUACCGCUUCUCACUCGUCAAGAAGAGGUUCGCAGCAGGAAAAUACUUGGCAGACAACUGAUACUCCACCCUACUACUGCACAACACUACUGAACAAAUACACUGAACGGCAUCAUCUCAAUGGACUUCUACUGAGUAAUGGAAACCUACAACACCACCACCUCCCUACAGACAGACAGACAGACAGACACUCCUUUCUAAACCCGCGAGAUAGACAGGCCCAGGCCACACAGCCUACUGUACCCAGCAGUAUUGUAUAACUUGCAUUUAGCGUUGUGGACAGUUUUAAAGGUGUAAUUAUUGUAUUUGUAAAAAUGUAUUCAUUUCAGAACAUCUGUAUUGCUGCAGUUAUAGACACCCAUCCCAGGUUUACCCUCUCUAAAGCUACAUGCCUCUGUCUCCCUCCCCUCUCCAAGAUGUGGUGUUGUUUAACCCUUAACGCAGCUGCCUAGCUAAUCAACCGCAACGCAACCAGAAACCCGCGGUUUCAAUGGUGAACGAAACACUAUUUAUUUUUGACGCAUUAACAAAGAUGUUAUGCUAAGAGAGGAUGAGGAUGCAUGAAAAAGAAGACUGCUUGGUUGUGUCAUUGCGUGAACUAUAGAUGAAUAGGCGCACCAUGAUGUGAGAGGUUUCGCUCUCGCCAAAAUCUUUUCAAAAUAAGCCCAGUGUGUUUCUAUGGGCUUUUUUUUGGACUUAAGCUUUGUCGCCUGCCUUUGGGACAACGACUCCCAAUGUUAGGGCGGAGACCUGAGCAUCUCGUCAUAAUAUACAGAUCUCUGGCUUAACAGAGGGGCUAGUUCUUCCUCAUGCUGCCUCUCGCAUGCCUGUGAUUCGACACAGUUAGAGCUACCAUAGAAUUCUGGGUAAUGGAGUUUUUAUACUGUUGGCUUUAAAAGUUGAUUUGUUAGCAUGCCCUCUACACAGGCACAACAGGGUCAAAGGACAUUGUUUAUUUUGAUGAUGUAAUUCACCACCACACUCCUCCUCUCCCUUCUUUGAAUGCACUGAUUUAAUACCCGGUUGAAACAUUUACUCUCAUAAUUCUCAUAAGUCCUGAGUAGUUGGGCAGCUGCAACAAUAAGUCAAUUCCUGGUUGCAAUAUAAAACAAAUAUAAGACGUUUCCCUUUAGAAAAACCUGUACAAAGUGUCAUUUUGAAUUGAUAAUAUAUAUAUCUUAAAGGGCGUUUUGGUGUUUUCCGUGUAUUGUCAAAUAGCCUUUGUUGUUCCUGAGACAGCAGUGGCAGACUUACUUCAGAGUACAUUACAGCAUUCUAUUUUUAUUUAUUGAUGAUAAUGAUUUAAAAAGUAUGUAAAAAGUAUGUGAUUCUGUAUAUGAAUAUAAUUUCAUGGUAUCACAAUUUAGAAUCCUUAAAGGUAUACAUAUUUGAAUGAUCUUUUUUGUUAUCUGUGUAGUUGGGUAACCUGUGUACAGUAUAAUGUAUAAGGUAUAAUUUUGGAAUUUAUUUGAGAUAUAAUUUUUUUAACUCAAGUGCAACAGACAAUUUGAGCUAUAUAUGGGCAUUGGGUGGGAGGGGGUAUAAAUGACAAGAAAAAAACAAGAUGAAUAACUACCUGGAUGCGUACGUCAUGCUUUAUGAAAGUUAUAACCAUGGAUCGUCAGUCAGCUUUUGACCAUUUUAGGCCCUAUUUCCAUUCACCGCGAUGUGUUCCUACCUACCUGAAACCCCCUGAAUGGAUAUUAUUCUGCAUCAAACAGCAUGAACACUCCCCUUCAGAUCAAACCAACCAGCGCUUGAAUCCAUGGCUUUAUUUUGCAUAAUGGUAACGGUCUCUGUGAGAUGACAUGGUGACGAGGUUUUUGGAGGGAGGUUAGAUGACCAAAACGCUUUUUGUAUUUAUGCGUGUACUCCAGACAGUCCUCUAUAAGAGUGAGAAAUAAGCUGAAUAUUAUUAAAACUGACAAAAAAAAAUCUUGUUUCGUUUGAAGAGCACUGCUGAUAAUGUUAUAAACUCCCUGAAUGCUCUGAUAUUCAACAUAGAGAACAAAAAAUGUGUGUGACGACAUUUAACUUAAGACGUCUCCUCGUGUAGGCAUCGCAAGUAUGUCAAAAAAAUUAUAUCUGUGCUUCAUGAAGCUACAUGGCACCAUUGAUAUGCCUGUCAUAGAAGUGCCAUAGAAGUGUCUUAGAGGGUGUUGCGCUGUGAUUACAUGUUGAUUGCAUGUUGUCUGAACAUAAAGUAGGCAUUUCUAUGUAAGGCAUUAAUGAAUGGUGUGGUGCGGGCUCUCUGUAUAGCAGUUUAGGAACAAGGGUUCAAGCGAAGUUUUCCGGCAUGGAUAAUAUAAUGUACAUCUACAUACAGUUGCGGUAUAGUCCUGAAGUGAAGUGCUCCAACCAACGCUAUAACCUGUUUUGUUAAAUGUGAGAACUGAAGACCAGAGCAGGGAGUGUCUCUGUGUGGCUUGCUAAGCCAGACUGCUUUGGGUUCUGUACUCUUUCUUUAUCAAUCACCUGUGCAAGCUGUGUUUGUCCAGACGAUGUGAAGAGGAACUGAUGGGGAAACUGAGUUUGCUUCUUUCCAAAAAACCAAUAAAAGUUAUGAGCUGGACACGUGUACGGAGCGCUCUUUUCUCUUUGCAACUCACAACGGAGGUGUUUUUCACCUCCCGAAUGCAGUUUAUUCGAUAUGUCCUCCAGCCACAUCGAGGUUGGCUGUAAUUACGUCGUCUUUUAAGCCUUCCUGCGAAUAAGCAGCGGUUUAUGAUUGUGUGCUAUGAGGGAUGACGUCAAACGGAGAUGUUGCUGUCAUAUGAUUAGCCUUGUAGUUUAAUUCAAUGUCCUGUAUAUAUUUCUGUUUGCUUCGUUUAUAUUUCUAUGGAUAUAUUUGUUAUUUCAUCUAUUUGUGUUAUCCAAUGCACAGGAUACUGAAUAUGCAAUUGUUUAAUGUAAUGUACCGUACUAAUGAAAUGUUAUUAACGUAUGCAGGAUGACCUACUCUGCUAUCAAGAUUUUCAAUCAUUGUCAGUUUUCUUGGAAAUAAAGUAGGUGUAUCAAUUAUG